CUUGCGAUCUGGACUUCGAAUUGGAUUUCGUUGUCGGAUCUAUACGAGCCUGAGACUAGUGAAGAUGAGCUCCACGAGCUGUGUAUAGCGCCACGUAGCCUGAGUAGGGCAUCAAACUUAACAACGAUACGUAAUGUGUUGGUUAGAUAAUCCCGCUAGGUCGUGUUAUACGAACACGCAGAUAGCUGCCCGUUGCACGAUAUGUUCUCGAACCAGCCCCUUUUGUUCGCACCAUACCAAAAUCUGCACGCUCUCGCGCUUAUUCAUCUCUUCGCAACUAUCAUAACGAACUCUCUUCCAAGCAACGAGAUAUGACACAUGUCAUCUAGCCGUAAAGUUCAUGUUCAAUGAAGAGUUUGGAAAGUACAUCUCGAUGGUGAAAGUCUUCUAAUAUGAGUUGCACAUCGUAUCUACUGCGGCUGUGCGUCGCAUCUUUACUGAUAUGCUCCCUAAACUCCCUUACUACGUCAUCGGACAUUGCGCGCUCAUGGCUUGCGCCCUUGACGAUAGGGAUAAAGCAGACCAUCAGAGGUCCAAGGCUGAACAGGCAUGCGAUGCGACCCGGGAGAAAAAUACAAACAGUUUAGCGGCACUCAAGCAUAUACGUGUUUAGCUUGAUGAGCCGGGAAAGCAUAGAAUAGAAGAUAUUGUAGGCCUUGCAAAGGCCGAAAGAGAUGUGUCGAAAGACGAUGACGUAACCAUACGCAAGGAGCAUAGUGUAUAUAUCACAGCAAGGGCUCUGAAUGAUGACGAUGAACUCGAUUCUGAGG